UUGUUUCAAUUUUGUCAAUGUAUGACUGGUGGUAUGGAUGCCACACUACACUAGCAUACUCCAAUUUCGAUCGAACCAAUGCACAAUAUAACAUUUUUGCUGAUUCUACAGUAAACUUGUUUUUCAGUGUUCGCUUAAUAAAACCUAAUGCACCGUGUGCACUAGCUACUGUCGUAUCAAUGUGGUUGGCAAAUGUGAGUUUCACGUCAAAAAUGACACCCAAGUCCCAGGUGUAGCUCCAUUCUGAAUUGGAUUGGAAAACAUAUUUUAGGAUCACGUCGCAGCGCACAUGAAUAAGAAGAAACGGAAAAUCCUCAGCGACUUUUUAACCGAAGCUCCAUCUGAUAUCAAUUUACGUUAAACUAAACUUUGAAUUUGACACAUAUCUCUUCGGAACAAUAUCAAUCUGACACAUUGUAAGCAAAACAUUCACAUGAGAACAAUUUUAGUUGAAUUUUGCGGUUUUAAUUUGAAUAGAAAAAUAUAACAAGAUGGAAGUGAAGAAAGAACCUAAUCAAUGUCGUUUGUGUUAUACACAAGCUAUUGAAUACUUUGAUAUAUUCGAGAAUUCUGCAUCGAUGCCGACUAUAGUCGACACACUGAAACAGUAUUUUCACGACGAGGUCAACAAUUUGGACAUUUUGCCAAAAGUAAUUUGCAUCGAAUGUUGGGAUAAAGUUGAAUCAUUUCGUAAGUUUUCCGAAGAGGUCAUCGCAUUGCGCGAAGAGUAUCUGCGACAACACCUCAACAGUGCGGUCAAAGAUGAAGACUAUGGUGAAUACGCAGUUUCAAAUGUUGAGCCAGUCCAUCAGGAAAUGGUUUGUGUUGACCCAUUGAGGCCCACCAAUAUGAUAAUGGAUGAAGGAGAUGAGAAUAUGGCAUUAAAAGAAAGCAAACUUCAUUAUGAGUCAGCGAAUGAACUGGGAUUCUCAGAUGGUAAUGAGAAUGAUGAUGACAAUGAACUAUUUGAUCGCAAUUAUCAACCAGAGAGUGACGACGGCAUACGACUUCCACGACACAUCAGUGAAGUGAGCCCUGAGCAACAACAGCAAAUUAUUGACCAAUACUGCGACAUGAGUUGCGAUUUUUGUGAAGCCACAUUCCGAACAUUACAAGAAGCCAUCCAACAUUAUAAAGUUAAACAUAACAAUCAGCCCAAAGGCUAUGUAAAAUGUUGUUCACUGAAAUUGUCAGAGAAUUCUCUCAUGAAUGCCCAUAUUGUAUAUCAUUUGAAUCCAGCAGUAUUCAAAUGCCAGAUUUGUGGAGAACUUAAGAAAACUUAUCAAUCUUAUUAUCAACACAAACUCAAACAUUCCAAUCAAUUCACGUGCGACAUAUGCCAGAAGGUAUUUACUGUACUCACCCACUUAGAACGUCAUAUUCUUAAUGUACAUGUAUCUAAAGUGAAAUUUCCAUGCGAUCAAUGCGAUCAGAGUUUCAAGACUCGAAAACAUUUGGAAAUCCACCUGGGAGUGAAUCAUUCGAACGGUUUGAAAGAUUAUAUAAACGAAAUAAAAUCCAUGGAGUUCAAUGUAAGCGAGGUACAAGUCAAUAGAAUUAUGGAGAAAUAUUUCGAUCGGAAAUGUGAACUAUGUGAUGCUCAGCUCUAUACAAUCACAAUGGCCAAAUCACACUAUUCGUCAGAACAUAAAAACCCAACAGGUUAUCUCCGGUGUUGUGGAAUUAAAAUUUAUGCAAAAAAAACAGUUUUGGAUCACGUUCAAUGGCACAUCGAUCCAGACACUUUCAGAUGUCGAGUAUGCAAGCUAGAACACAUGUAUCGAUAUACCCUCAUUGACCACGUGAAACGGCAUAAUGCUUUAUCAACAAAGCAAUUUAUGUGCAACAUUUGUGAUAGAUACUUUGCGACCAGCACACACCACAGAACUCAUAUGGAACGGAAACAUCCAGGAAUACAACCGAGCUCUUCAUCGGUUGGAAUCGAUUCUAAUGAAAACAAUGGAAAUGACAUACGGAUACCGGGAUAUGUCGAUGCUUCGUGCGAUCUGUGUCCAGUAAAAACGUUUUCCUCGUUCAAAGAAAUGCAAUCACAUCAUUCAGAGAUUCACAAAUCAGUCGGGGCAGUGUCGUGUUGCCAGAAAAAGUUUUCCCGCAUAACUUUUUUCAGUGAUCACAUUGCAUUGCACAAUAAUCCGGACGUUUUCAGAUGUGAUGUUUGCAAAGAAUCGCUCCCAAACCGAUACGUUUUAAAACAACACAAUGAUUGGCAUUCAAAUAAGUAUUAUUGCGACACGUGUCAGAAGUCGUUUAAACGUCGAAAUAAAUUUAAAGAUCAUAUGGAAAUGCAUAGAAAUCGCAAUUGUGAAAUGCAACGCAAUUUCAGUUGCGAAAUUUGCGACAAACGAUUCCUUAGACAAAGUCAUCUGAAUAACCAUCAUAAAAUACAUGAUUUAAAACACGAUCAGAUUUGUGAGUUCUGUGCAAAGAAAUUCAAAACAAAAGCGCAACUGAAACAGCAUCAGUCGAAACAUUUGGAUGUAGCACCUAAAUCAAAGCCAAAAUUCCAGUGUGAUAUAUGUAAAGGAUGGUAUGCAAGCCGGAGUAGCUUGAUAAACCACAAAACAAAACACAAUUCAGGGCCACAGAAAUGCAAUCAAUGCCAUAAGGUUUCAGCUAAUACACAUGCACUGGAACAGCAUAUUCGGUACAUUCACAAUAGUGAAGCCAAUUUCAAAUGCCACUUAUGUGACAAAUCACUCAGGUCACAAGCAUCACUAAAGGAUCACGUCGCAACGCAUACGAACAAGAAGAGCUAUAAGUGCACCUAUUGUGAUGAGACGUUCAUUUGGCGCCAAAACAUGUAUAAACAUAGAAAACACCAACACGGAAUGGAAUGGCUGGCCGAUAAAGACAAGAUAGAAGCGGCAAAAAAGAAACCAUAGGAAACAUAUUGAAAUCUUACCCUCUUUCUUCAAAUUCGGCUCCUCACUCGCUUCAAUAUAAAAACAAUGUGUUGUGCUGAACAGAACUUCCAUCUGAUGUCAACUCGCAUGAAACGACACUUUAACUUUGACAGAACUAUCAAAACAAAAUCUAUCUCACACAUUGUAAACAAAACAUUCAGAGAAAUACAGUUUUAUUUGAAAA